AUGGAUCCCGGGAAGGAGAAGUGGCUCAACAAUGCACUUCAGGUGGUCAGUUUCAAGAUAUCCCUGAAGGGGUUCGAAAGGCUGGUCGAACGUACAGCGGCCCAGAAAAAGGAUGAAAAAGCGGGCUUGUUUACCCAAAAAGAAGACAUGAUUAACUAUGAGAAGUUCUUUGCGGAGGUGCAGGAGCUCUUCGGUAUGGAAGUGAAGAAUCAAGACGUGAAAUGCUUCUACAGGAAACUCUGCAACAACCCCGAUGGGCCCACAGACUGGUGUGAGAUCUUUGGGUAUUACUCCUCUGAAGAAGAUCCUCUUGCUUCCCAAAUGAAUGAAGAAAAUUUGGUUUUCCUUGUGUCUAGAAAACAGCGAGUCGUAAUUACAGGGAGUCGGAGACGGGACGUGAUUAAGUGCAUGGUCAAGAUCCCCCAGUUGGAUUUACUAAUAGCAGCUUCUCAGAGAGGAUUGAUAACAGUCUUUAACAACCAGGAUACCUCCUGGAUUACAGGAUGUGACUACCUCACUCAGCUGAAGCGAAUUGUUGCCACGACAGAAAGGACCAUCAUUGUGUGGGAUUAUAAAGCUCAAGGGAGCAGCCAGGAAAACUACUUCGUCAUAAAGCCGAUGGACCACUGCCUCCUGUGCGUGUGUGCGGUGCCCAUGUCCGACCAGCUCUGCCGAGAUGACAUCCUGCUGGGGGACGAUGGCGGGUUUGUGAACAAAUUCACCGUGAAUACAGACGACUUUGGGUUAAAGCAGACAAAGACCAAAAAAAAAUUACAAAAUCAGGUCUUAGACUCCAAGGACUUUAAAAGUGUUAAAAGGAAGCUACAUAAUGACUGGGUUAUGAAAAUUAGAUUUAUUUCAACCCUAAAUUGCUUUGGAUCCUGCUCCUUAGACAGUGUUCAUUCGUUAGUUUUGGAAUCCUUGAAGAGACUUGAGGAUAAUGGGCCUGUCAGAGAGUUUUCCAUGCCAAGAGGAGCCAACACUUUUUGCUACUGUAUAAAAGCCAAUGUCAUUGUCACCGGAGGAGACGACAAGGUGCUCCGGCUGUGGCACCCCAACAUCAGCACCAAGCCCGUGGGGAAGCUCGUGGGGCACAUGUUCAGUAUCACCGAGGUCGUCACCAACGAGAAGGACCAGCUCGUCAUCAGCCUUUCCUCGGCCAAGGUGUUCAGGGUGUGGGAUAUACAGACUCUGUCGCUGUUGCAAGUCUUCCACGACAGCCAGGGAGGACCCGGAGACAUGCAGAUCUACUCCAUGAUCUAUGACGCCAACCACGGCAUGCUCAUUGCAGGAUCUACUGUUAUUGACAUGUACCCUUUGACUAGGAUGAUACAAGAUACAAAACAGGUUCCUCACACGCAUGAGCGAGAAAUCAAUGUCAUGCUUCACAACAAAUACUUCCACCAAGUGCUUACCAUCUGCUCCGAGUCCAUCAUUAAGGUGUGGGAACUUGAGACUGGCCUCCAAAUAUACCAGAUUCUAGACCCUCAUGGCUUCAAUAUUGAACUGACUUCUGCAGCUAUCGAUGACAGUGGAUUUCUUUUUGCCACAGGAGCGUAUAAUGUUUCUCAUGUCCUCACUGGGGUUCUUUUAAAGGGUAAAGAAAAUGAUAUUUGUCUCAUUGUGAUAUGGGAGCUGCCUGAUGUCAUACCUGUCCUACAAGAUGGUAAUCAUAUUGUGCGUCUGAAAACGUCUACUAAAGACAGGAGCAUGGCUCUUCCCUUCCCAUAUGUUUCGUUGAUAGCUGAGAAAACCCAUCCUCAAGAUGUUCCUAAUCCUACGGUCAGUUCAGAAGUGAACUGCAUUGAUGUAUUGCAAGUAGAAGGAUAUAAUUUGAUAGCUGCUGGAACCGUAAAUGGUGUGAUCAUCUUGUGGAAUUUUGUAACAUCCACUGUCAAAGAAUUGUACAGACCUGAAGAUUGCUUCACUGUCAAUCCGGACUUGGAUCCCAAACGCUAUAGAGUUAACGACAUCACGUUCCUCUUUCGUACCCUUGAGUGUGCAAGGAAGACAAGUCAGGAUUCCGUAUGCUCUUCGUCCCAAUGUGACUCUAGUAAGGGUCCUCAGAGCAGCAAGGGAAGCAAGCAGAGCAUACAUGACGGUGAGGGCAAAGGUGAGCAAACGGAUAUCAUUGAGGGAGAGCAACAGCCAGUGGACAAAAAACACGUUGCAAGCACCGGUGUGGCCGAACCUCAGCCUCCUGUCCUGGUCACCGCUCACGAGGACGGCCACCUGCGCUUAUGGACUAUAGAGGGACGACUGCUAAAAGACAUGCUACCUUUUACAAAACAUUCUGCCAUUCCUCUGACAUCACUGAACACCGAUUCCUGUUCCAGGAUACUGCUGACCAGCAACGUAGAAGGACACGUGAUCCUUUGCAGUGUUAGUUCCUUCCUGGAUCCGCCUCAUGAUGAAAAGAAAUUCAAGCAGCUGCUUGCCUGGCGUGCUCAUUCUUUAGAAAUUGUUCAAGCGAUCUACGUAGAAGACAAACAACUGGUGCUGACUGCCUCUGUCGAUGGCUCCGUAAGGCUCUGGCAUGCCCUCAAUGGUCAUUACUGUGGGUAUUUUGGACAGCGAAGGUCCUUUGACCUAGCACAGACAACUGAUUUCAUUUUGCCUUGUGAUGUUAAUGAGUACCCCAUAGAAAUAAAAGAAGAGAGCAAGUUCACAGAAAAUAAACAAAAAUAUGACUACCCUCUGGUAUUUGACCGGCAAAGGUGGCAGAGACUGAGCUCCAUGGCUUUGCUUUUCAAACGGACGCCUUCCAAGCCCUUUAAAGUGGAGCAUGAUUUUAAAUUUUUCAAGUCUCUUUCUUCUCCCAAGAUUCGAAAGCAUGCCUUGGAAAGUUUCUUGACUGAAAACAGAGAGGCGGGGAUUGUUUUUGGCUCUCUGCCCAUAUACAGGGUACCAAGCCCCACGAGUCUGAAAUUCCUUCCGCUCAUUGGCUCAGAGGUCAUAAAGGAGUCUUCUGACGGCUUUCCAGGAAAGAAGAAGGCAGGUCAUGUUCAACAUGAAAAACUGCAGCGGAGGAGAAGUCUGAAGAGGAAUUUAGUCCCACAGAUCAACCUGUCGCCUUUCUUCUUCCCAGUCAUCCCCAAAUAAGAGAAAAAUGAGAGCUGGCUGCCAUGGCCGAGCUGCACGAAAGCACGGCCUGAAGGAGAGGUCGGGCUUUAUUUCAGGAUGAAAUCAAAGGUCCAUCAGACACUUGUCACCCUCUCUGUACCCUCAGACCCGCUGACUCCUGGAGAAGCUCAUUCAUGGAGCGCAGGUGGCCUCAGCUCUGAACGCCAAGCAAGCUGCCAGCAGCCAGGUGGCCAACAUCUUUCACCCAUUGAAAUGCACUUAAACUGGCAGUGUUUCUUGUGUACUGUCGACAAAAUGACAAAGGAAAUAGAGAAAAUCAAUAGCAUAAGUAAAAUAAUAUGGCCCUAGUUAUUACCUUUCCACCUUCCCCAUUGUUCAACCUAACUCCUAGCCAGAAUUAUUAUCCAACGGUACACGUUAAGAGACAAAAAAGAUCAGAAAUAUAAACAAUAAAAUGGCAAUAAAUACGUAUCCAUCAACAAUCAAAUCUAAACAUCAAAAUAAAUGAAAAACAAGUCGAAUGAACAAAAUAAACUGAUGAAUAA